UUUUUACCAAAAAUGUCGGGGUCAUCAAAGGGAGGGGGCGGAGAAGAGCAGCACGUGGGGGCGUACCGCUGUCUAAUUAACAGCAUGGCUACCGUUCCUUCUUCCAGAGAAUUAGUGUUAAAGCUUUACCGCCAAUCCCUUCGUCAUGCCGACAAGCUUGUUUACACGGACAAGAGCUUCUACAAGAUGAGGUUGAGAAAUGAAUUCCAAAAGGCAAAAGAAGAUAGAGGGAAAAGAUCCCUUCGCGACAUAAAAAAAUUACAGCAUUUUGUUACGAAUGAUUUUGGAGGCGUGAUAUAGAGAUCAUUUAUCCUAGUACAACAGUAGACUGAUGGUGAAUAGGAUCC